CUCCUGCUGCUCUCACCGAGGCGAGUCAGUGAUGGCAGAGAGGCGACGGAGGCGAGGCAAGGGGAUAGCAGCGAGGCGAUGACAGCGGCCAUGGCAGGGGAGGCGAGAGCAGCAGGACGGGGGUAGUGGCCCGCUUUGCAAAGUUGUAAAGCAGGAGAGGGCAAAAUCAUCUUUUUGCGAGUGGGGGCAAAAUCAUCUUUUUACCCCCUUUAUGUGAGCCGCUCAGUAAGCCCGUCGGGCCCUAUAGAACGACUCUACUCAAACAUGGACGUUGGUUUCGGAGCUUCAAUUUCAUGUGGCAAAUAUCAAUCAAAAUCGUCAAGAAAAGUCGUUCUACGAGGCUCGACGGGUUACCGAGCCCUAUCUCUCGUCUCCGUCUCCAACCCCAACUCCAAAGCCGACUGACAAAGACGUUGCAGAAUCAAAUCAUCCCCACAAUCCUCAAUUCCUCCUAACUCUUCUCAGCCCCUCCUAUCCGAUCUCACUCCCAGCCAUCUCCAUCUCCUUCUGUCGGUUUUGACAUCGGUCCCACAUCUCAAAACCUCAAAGUGCAUCCACUUCUUCAGUUUCCUCUUGGAAAACCAGUCUUUUUUUUCCCAUUCAAGCUUGAUCUUCAAGCCCAUCUCACCCUUCUUUACAGGGCAAUCAAGGCACGGAAGGUCACAGAUGCUGAAAAUAUGUUGUUUUCGCUCUCAGUGGAUGAGAAUCUCAGGAACCCUUUUCCUGCUCUAGCUUCUUCUUUGAGAAUCACUAUGAGGAACCCAGGGUUGUUGCUAAACGGUUCAAUUUGGUGCUUAAGAGUUUUACUCUGAUAGUCGACAUUUUAAAGAGGCUGUGGAGGCUUUCAAUUAUAUGGGAAACAAGGGGAUUGAGAUCAGUGACAGGACUUGUAGAGUUCAUUUGGUGGCUCUUGUGAAAUGGGACCAGGUGGACUCUGCCCUGGAGUUUUUUUGCCAAAUGGUGAAAUGGGGUGUUGAUGUUUCAGUUUUUUCAUUGACUGUCGUGGUUAAUGGCCUGUGUAAGAGUGGAGAGAUCAGGAGGGCCAGGGAAUUAGUGGAGGAGAUGGCGGGCAGAGGUCUAAAACACAAUAUCAUCACUGGCAACACAUUGGUGGAUGCUUGUGCCAAGAGAUGGAAUUUUGAGGAGUUGGAAUUGAUCUCAGGUUUGAUGGAAAGGGAAGGGGUGGAAUUCAGUGUGGAGAUGUAUAAAUUUUUGAUAGACGGGUUUUCAAGCUCUGGAAAGAUUGAAGCAGCGGAAAGGAUGAUUCAGGAGAUGCUUGAGAAAGGAUUUAAGGUAGAUUCCCAUUUGUACACCUUGGUUAUCAAUGAGUAUUGUGGGUUGGGAGAUAUGGAUCGUGCAUUCUCCUUGUUUGAUGAAAUGACCAAGAGAGAUGUUAGCCCAAGUGCAUCUUAGGUACUUGUAGCUGAGCUACAGGCGAAGGAAAUUGAGUUGGAUUAUGAGAUACAUAACGGGACAUAAGCCGCCAACCCGAAGCAAAAACAAUGAAAUGGAUUCUGCAAUCCUAGCCAGUUUGACACUCUUGAGACUCCAUAGCUGAUAACUUUACAACAAAAGAAGUUAAUAUAUAAUAGAAGAGGGGGCUCUGUGUUGGUGUCUUGUGAUCGAAGUGGCCAAUAAGGAAACCAAAAUUUCAACUUUCAGUGUAGAAAAAUAACCCCUGAAAAUUUCAACUUCCUGGAUAUAUGCCUAAAGGCGAAAAGCACAGAUAGAGGAGUCGUGGGGCUAAGUGGCUAACAUCAAUGCAGACAUUCGUUGUAGCCAUAAGGGCAAGAUAUUUGGCAUCAAGCAAGAAGCAUGAACUGCUGAACUGAAGUACGAUUUCAAAUUGAAUGGAAUGGACAAAGUGAUCAGCCGAUCAAGACUGUCAAUGACCAUUUCACUUUGCGCCUUAAAUCCUUCAAUGGCCAUCUGUCUUGGACUGAUAAAUUCUGCAGAACUGGAGGCCACUUCUGGUGUUUGACUGUCAGAUUUUCCAACUAUAGAA